GUCAGUUCCUGACAGUCCUCGACUUAAAGCUAGGUUUAGAAAAUCAGAACGCAGACCUUCAACGUCAACUCUCUUCGUUAGAAACAGUAACCAAGGAAUGUCAUCAGUUAAGAAACUCGCUGGAAGAGGCGCGUUGUAACUAUAAGACAGCUCAGUGUGACGUAUUAGCCCUGCAGGAAAAAGUCAACAAUCUGGAGUCGCUUGUAAAGCACAUGCGAGAAGCCGCCGAAAAGCGGAAGGAGUUGGAGAGGGAACAUGCAGAAGCUCUGGCAGAGCUACAUAAACGUCAGGAGGAAAUCCGUGUUCUUGGUAAGAGUAAGGAUUCUGAGAAACAGCAGUCGCAAGAGGUGAUCAAAUCUUUAGAGUCGAAAGUGCGAGAGCUUCAGAAGAAGUGUGAACUCCAAAAUGUUCUCCACGAAGAACUUGUGUUGGAGAUGGCAGCACUCCGACGUUCACAAUCUAGAAGAGCAUGGAGUACGCAGAGAUCGCAUUCAGCUGACCUUCCACAUGAUCAAGACUCGCAUUCUGUUGAAGAGCUAGACAGGAUAUUGGCCAGCACAGGGAUGCUAAUGUCCAGUACAUAUGGACAGUAUUCUUCUUCAAUUCUCCCCAUCUCUUCAGUCCCUUCAUCAUCUCUUCCAUACCUGGAUCAAAUAGACUUAUUUUCUCAUACGUCGGCUCCAUGGACACAUUCUUCGACGUUAACUUAUUCAACUACUAAAGGUGCUGUCACAGCCCCUUUAAAAGUGAAGCCAACAGUUUUAGACAAACUCUCUUUUACAUCCUUACCACUCACAACUCCAGCCACACUAGACUCUGCUUCCAAAGAGAUAGACAGGAUUCUACAACGCAUUGAGCAGGACAACAGACUAGUGCUGGCAUCCUCAUUAGGUGCUGUCACAGCCCCUUUAAAAGUGAAGCCAACAGUUUUAGACAAACUCUCUUUUACAUCCUUACCACUCACAACUCCAGCCACACUAGACUCUGCUUCCAAAGAGAUAGACAGGAUUCUACAACGCAUUGAGCAGGACAACAGACUACUGGCUGAACUAGAUAAAACAAAAGGAGCAUUCUCUUCAUCUGUCCCGGGUUCUCCGAUUUUCUCUGAAUCUGCCGAGAGGUUGAGAGCUGCUGCUGAAGGAGAAACACGACUGAAGGAAGAGAUUACUUACCUCACUUCUAGGUUAAGUAAGUACAAGAAAGAGGACGUAUCUAUUAAGUACAAGAAAGAGGACGUAUAUAUUAAGUACAAGAAAGAGGACGUAUCUAUUAAGUACAAGAAAGAGGACGUAUCUAUUAAGUACAAGAAAGAGGACGCAGAGCUUGAUCUCUUAAUUAUCAGCUUUAACAUUUCUCAGACACAACAAGACACUUAA